GUUUACAACGUGUAUCACAUACAUAAAUGUGCCAUUUUAUGACCUGAUGUGUCGUGGCGGGCGGUCCCAACUGGCUUUCCGCCAUGUCAUGACUCUCACAAGCUAAACUCCAGUCACUUACUUCAUAAGUUGUAUCAAAUACUACCCAUACUUGGUUCAGAGCGACAAUUAUAGAGUAACGCUAGCGGCUAGGACAGCUUAGGGGAAUUGCGCCAAGCCGAGCUCCGGGACUGUGGAUGCGCGCCAUCUGCCAGGCGUUGUGGAGCCUCUUACCUUUCGUAACAUGGAGCUGACACACGCUGUCAGCUUCAGCGACGGUGCAAUAGGGGCGUGAAAGGGCCUGGAGGAUAACUCUGGCGUAGCAACUCCAACCAAGGAUCUCGGCCAGUAGAUUUCCGCUCGCACCCUAUUGUGUCACAAGUCAUGAUAUGACGGCUUCAGCCAUCAGCAGCAGUAGCUGAAGCCGCAGCAGUAUCCGCUUUUGUUGCUUUUGUUGCCUAGGUUGGCAGCAGCUUUCGGCCUGCGUUGAUCCUCCAUACCUGGAUUCAGUCGCAGUCAAUACGAUGUUCGGACUAAGACAUGCGGUCCAAGGUGGAUCUCUAUCACAGCCGCCAAACAUGGAAGGCCCUGUGGCAUUUGGCGUCGGAUCUGUUACUGCAAUGGUGGAUCGAAAUGCAGUGGGCGAAGACUGUGACCACUUGCGUUCCGAUAAACGCGCGCGCAUGGAGCUUGGCAUUGGCCAUGGUGCUAUCCAUGCGCCAGAUGGCAUCGAUUGUGCUACGGACGGCGCGUCGGCCUGCAUCACCCCGCCAAACAAGUACUCUUGCGGUGCUCCACCAUCAGGCUCAGUCCACAACGACCCACAUGGCCACUAUCCCCAACCCCAGGCCCCGUGCGCGCCCUGGGAGAAGCCCCCACCGCUGGUGGCCACCCAGGGCAGCGGUCAGUACUCUCUCAAGACUGUGGGCAGCUCCUGUAGGUCGACAGCGGUUGCCAGCAGUAGCGCACCCAGUCCCAACCCCGCGCCCCCUGCGGGCGCCCUUCACCAGCAGCCAUCGCAGGACAUGCUGCUCACGAGCCCAUCCGCUGUUCCCUGGCGGCAUUGCGACUCGGGUUUGCAGGCAAGCAGGGAAGGCCUCGCUCCCGUGGCCUGCGGUUGUGGCGACAGCGCGGCUGCUCGGUGCAUGCAGCCGCAUGUAGGCUCAGUGCCCAACGGAGGUUCAACACCGGAGACUUCCUUAGCAGGCGGACAAUCGACUGGUGCAGCGGCGCCCUGGGAGCUUGGCACUUCAUCCAGUGGGACUGAGGCGGUGGUGACCCCGACUGUCGUGCGGUGCCCGCAUCUGGUUGUCCCGUUGCCACCCAUCACCACAGGACUUCCGGAGCAGCAGCAUCGUGAGGUGGCAGCAGGCGCUGUUGUUGCCGACUCACGCAGCGCUGCCGUCGCCGCAUGCGCAGCGGCGCAAGGCAAGCAGCAGCUGGCAGGCACGGACGCGGACACGGGAUAUGGCUACUCUCGGAGCGUGGGACUCUUUGACUACGCGUCGAUGUGGAAAGGCGCCUGUGAGGCGCUCGAGUCCGUGCCAUCCUUAGCGGCUGCAGCCUGCACUCCUGCAGCACACCAGGAGCUGCCGGGUUCUGGCAGCGGCUUGAUGACCUGCCGCUCAUCACAAAAGCUGCAGCGUCAGCAAAGCAACAUCAUUACCACCGGCAACAGCAUUGAGCCCGGCCCGCCGCUGCUGUUGCACUGUGGCAGUGGCCGGACGCUUGCGUCGCCUAGGGCUGCUGCUGCGCACCACGUCCCGGGCGCAUGCGGCAUGCCUGCAGCGGCAGGAGCCACAGCCAGCGCGCCUGCUGCCCAGGCACCGGGCAUGAGCGCAGCCCUGAAUAAAGUCCUUCAAGCGCCCCUUAGGAAGUACGGCUCGGGAAUCAACCCCAACGCUGUAACCACGGGAGCGGGACCGUCUCCUGCGGAGAUGUGCGUCCCCGCCCUGGCUUUCUCUGCGCGGCAAGAGUGCAGGGAAGGCCACCUGGCUGAUCAUGGAGUUGGAGAGGAGCGUCGGCAGCACCGCAGGCGUGCAGGGGAGGUGGAGCCGGGCUCGCCGGCCGAAUUGGCGGACGAUGCGAUAAGCUCUUGCGGAUCGAAAGAUGACUUCCGUGCGGCAUCGCCUGGGGCGCUCUCGCCGGCAGCGUUUUCGUCACAGCAGCAUGAGCAGCACCAGCGGCCCUUCGCGUCUGCUCACAGCAUGCUGGCGCCGCCCUGCAGCACAUUAACUACGCAGCUGAAGGCAGGCCCCAGUGCGCAAUUCCUCACGGCAUCGCAGAGCGCCGUUCCCGAUGAUUCCGCGACCUUGGCGGCGCCAACCGGCUGUGUUCCGCAUCCAACGUCGGCGCAGGCGUUGCAGCCUAGCAACCCCUGCCCCCAGCCCAUGGAGGCGGAUGCUGCUGUGGUUGAUGCAGACAUAGACGAAGCUGCGGCGGCCCUUUUGGAGGCCCAGGAGGACGGCGAUGCUUGGUGGGAGGGCCCUGCGGACCUAGAGCAGGAAUGGCAGCACGUUGGAGAUGCUUUCAUGGAGCCGCCAGCAGCAACGGUGAACAACGCGGCACCGGCCCUGGACCACACCUCCCCCGCCGCCGAUUGCUCUGCAGCAUCCAACGGCGUUGUGGCUUGUCCUGGCGGCAAUGCGGCACACCCCUCAGCAGGCACCCCGGAUAGCGACGCGGCUGCCUCGUUCUGCACGGCCGCAAAACAUGCAAACACGGCUCAGCUUGAGGCGCUUGGAUCAUCACUGCCUCCGUCUGCGCCUUUGGAAAUGGCUGCCCCCGCGUUUGCAGCGUUGUGUCCGACGGCCUCGGCGCUGCUGCGCUCAGGUCAGGCGGUUGAGCCGCCUGUCGAUGGGCAGAACGUACGGCUUACAGCGUCGUACUGGGAUGAAAUGGAGCCGACAUACGGCGAGCCGCAGGAAGCACCCCAGCAGCCGCAGCAGCCGCAAGAGAUGGGUGUUGGGGGGUCGGUUGCGGGGCCGUCGCGGUUGCCACACCAGCUUCCACCGCAGUGGCCCUCCGGUCAUACGGCCGGGCCCUCCGUUCCUCUUCAGGAACAGCAGGCGGCGCAGGUGCCCCAGCCCGCUCAUGAGCUGGCGCCAUCGCGACCGCAGCCGCAGCAGCCGCAGCAACAGCAAGUGACGGACAAGCAGGCGACCGCGUGGCCCGUGCGACAGGCGCCCUCUACCUGUGAAAGUGCCUCGCAUGCUGCGCAGCCCGCAGGUCAGGACCCGCCCCAGGCCUACCUUGCGCAGCAAGGUGGAGGCAAGCGCCAGUUCUGCGGUGAGGGUAGCGGCUAUGCGCAGGGCGUCGGUUGGGCGCCCGCUGGGGACGCUGGCAUGGCGCGGACAUGUGAGCGGUACGGGGCUGUGCCGCCGUCUUGUCAGGGCUGGGGCCAAGCGCCGAUGGGCAGUGUUGAGCAGCGGUUACAGCAGGAGGUCCAAAAACCGCACCAGCGGCACCAGCAACAGGUGGGCAUGCAGGGGUGGCGCGGGCCUGGCAGCCCGGCUCAUGCGAUGACGGAGGCGACGGCCUACUGCAACGGACACAAGCGACACAAGACCGCUGACGUCCAUGACUGGGAUGGCAUCAUGGAAGACGUCUCCGACAUUAGCAGUCGCCGAUCGUCCUAUGGCAGCGGCAAUGGGGCGGCUCAUCGAUCUCUACAGCACCUGCAGGGGCCGCACCUGCAGGCGCAGCAGCAGGAGGCGCAACAACAAUACUACGCGCAGGAGCAGUAUCCCGCCUCUCGUCAGUUGCAGACGUUUGAGUCGUUUGAAAGCAGCAACGACUUACAAGCGCCCUAUGUCGGUGCUUUGACCUGUGCAGAUCAGCCGUCGCACGGCUGCUGUCCCCCGGGCCAAGCCGGUAGCGUGCAACCAUGGCAGCCGCAUGCACCGUCUGCCACACCACAGCCCUUGUGCGCCUGCGAUUGCGAGGCCUGUCGAGCUGCGCUGGUAUCUGGACCGGCUGCCGCCCGUCCUGCUGCAGUAGGAGUUCCCGAGCCUCGGCCGCGAUCCCUGAGCACCGGUGGCAGUGGGAAUACGUUGAUGUAUGGACGGUGCGACUGCCCAGACUGCAACCGAGCAUACGAGCCAAGCACCAGCGGAGGAUCUGCGCCCAUGUCGUAUGCUCCGUACGGCAGUCAGCCGCGGCAUGGCACCCUGGCAGCGGGCGCCUCUACAGCAUUGCCGCCAUCGGGCGUUGCUGCUUUCCCAGCAAUGCAAGGCCACAGCUCCUGUCCUUGCGACAUGUGCCGCCGCGCCGCGACAAGCUGCCAUCCUCCCGCCACCACAUACAGGGCGGCUGCUGGGCACACCAUGCCUCCUCACCCCAGCGGCUACACGCAGAGCGGCUUGCCGAUGGCCAGGAGCGCCCCUGAGCUGGCGCAGCCAGCACCGCUGCAGUACGCAGCGCAGGCGGCGUACGGCAAAUCCGCACCGGGCAUACACAACCACCUCCAGCUAGCGGCUGAACCGUCCUCAGGCCCAUGCAAGUGCUCUGCUUGCAUAUCCGGUGCUAUGGGAGAUGCCCUGCAUGCGCCCGCGGGCUGCAGCGUACCCCCUGCGCCUCUGCCUGCAGCUGGUGACGGGUACCGCGCAGCAGUACCUGGUCCGCUUGUGCCGUACGGUCAUGCGCCCGUGCUUGCCGGGGCGCCUGUUUGCAGUACAGGGACAACCGCGGCUUGCGCACAGGAGGGUAACCAGCCAACAGCCCCGCUGUCGCGCCACCCGUCAAUGGAAUGCCCGGCCCCGCCAGCGCCGACCCACAUGGCUUGUGCGCCUCAGCUGCACGCAUUUACUCAGCCGCAGCCUGCGCAGCCUUACCCCGCGUACGGUACUCACCUUCAGGCCUACACGGGUGGAGGUGUGCGUCUCCGCCGCAGCAGUGCCUCUAACGCACCAGCCGCGGCAACGCAAUUCGGAGCCGUUGCCGCAAGCCAGGCCUGGGCCGCCGUUCCACCUCCCAUGCUGUACCGAUCAGCCACUCCGGCGCCUUCUGAGGGCCCUUGCGGCCACCCUUUGGGCCCUCCUUCCCACUUCCUGCAAGCGCCGGCCCAGCAACAGCUUCCGCAGGGACCGCAACUCCAGCGCCUGUACUCUAAUGGGGGCCUAGCCAGGCAGCACUCCCUGCCGCCUCCACCCUUCGGCGCUGCCGCCGGUAGCGGAUGUGGCGCGCCCGGGCAGGUGGCCCCGCAGGCCUCCUCAGUUCCCGCAUGGGCUGGUGCGCCAUGCGAUGCAAGCGGUAAUGGCGCGGCUGACAUGGCUUGCUACCAGGUGCAUGACGUCGCCACCAACCCGGCGGGAGGCGGCACGAACACUGGAAUGCAGCCUCAAGGCGUUGAAGCAGGCCUAGCGGCUUCGGCCCUUCAGAGGAUGUGCUCCUCAGAGCUCCUGCCGCCUUCCUACUCUGCGCCGCCACCACCGGCAGGGGCGACCUGUGGUCCCUGGCAACAGCAGCAGCAGCAGGUGGCGCCAGCACCCUAUUCGGCUGGGAGCGGGCUGGCCGCCCAGGCAGACUUGUCUUCUGCGCAGCCGCCGCAUCUGUGUGUGCAAGCCAACAGGCAGGGCAUGUCGUCUGUCGCUGAUGAAGAGGCCAUGUGGGUAGAGCAUCCGUUCAUGUCGUGGCCUAAGCGCGGCAACCGCUUACCUUGAGCUGUGGGACCGUUGCAGUAGUGUGGACGACAAGUUCGCUUUUUGUAAGUAAUGUUGCCGGAAUGUGCUGGCGCGUUCUGCCAUAACUGCAUCGAACAACAAAAGUAUUGUAAAACGGGCUGGAAUUGGACCUUUUGGCGCGCAAUGUGCAUUGUGGUGGUUUUGCUGUUUGUUACUGGCUUGGAGAGCAUGUAGGCAUCGGAAUUUCCGCUGGGGACUCGAGUGCGGGUCUACUUGCUUUACGCUUAUGACUUAAUGCGCGUUCAUGGGAAAAGAUGAUAUGGGCACUGGCCAAGUGCCUAGAACUGAAGUCGAGCAUUGCGUUCGGGCGGAGUACGCACCCGCGUAGCAAGAUGUACACAGGGGAGUGAAGACAUGAGCGUGGAGUGUGUAUUGACGUAUAUGGACUUCACUGUCAGUGGCAUGGUGUGACCUAAUUUUGGGGCGCCGUUCCGUGUCGCACCCCUGCUUGGAUUGUUGUAUUGUGGCACGUGCGGUUGAAGUUCGAACUGCAUAUGCACGGCAAGCCCUGGAUGUGAUUCUGGUUUGAAUCUGGCCGCCCGCCUGCCUUUACUCGUCCUGUUGCGCACUUAUUGUUAUAUUUAUAAUGAAUGUGUCCCCGAUUGCUGGUGCUGUAUCCACAGUUGCACGUAUAUGCCAAUGUUACUUACGGCCGUUGGUUAACCCUAAGGAGGUCUAUGCUUAAUUGUUGUUUUAGUGGGCUUGAGCUUGUGUGAUGCUGGUUGGGCACUGUCAAGUGCGGACCAAAUGUACUAUUCGAACACUCUGGGGGCAUGGUUUGCAGGCUGACAAAGGCCUAGUCACGUUGUGCAACAACUUCCCUGCUGAUAAUUCAAUCAGUCCGCUGUUACGAUUACAG